AUGAACAUUGUUCCACCUACCACACAAACAGUUCUUUCCGAUCAUCAUCGUUUGGACCAAUUUCCAACAGAAAUGAUCUCUAUCAUUUUGGGAUUUUGUGAUCCGAGAACAAUGGUCAAUAUUAUAUGUACAUGUAAACGGUUGAGAGUACUCUCCAUACAAAUUCUUUUAAAUGGUAGAUCGAGGCAGGAAUAUUGGGCAAAGGGAAUUUCCAUUCGACAUUUAUGUAGAGAGGAGUGGAUGGUUGAUGUUUUACAACUUCCGAAUGAAAUAUUGAAUUGUUAUUUGGAAUUUUUGAUGAAGGAAGAUGAAUUGGAGGAAAUGAAAAGAUUGGAUUUGUGUUGUUUUGCAAAUUUGGGAGAGAAAUAUAUGAAAAAUGUUGUUAAAUUUAUGAACAAGUUCCAUAUUGAGGAGUUGAUCAUGAGUCACUCUAAUGGUGUUAUUGAUUGGGUUAAUAGAAACUAUAAGGAUUUGAAAUUCUUGUCUAAAUUGUCAAUUGUGGUUUUACAAAAAGUUUGGUUUAGUGACGAAUUGAAAUUCAAACCAAGUAUUCCAUUGAAAGUUCUUCAAACCUUAUUAUCUGAUAAUUCUGAGGUUGAGAAUUUCUGUAAUUCGCAGUAUUGCUCAAAUUUUGAGGAAUUGACAAUAGGCACAUCAGAAGUAGAUUUUGGCAAUGCAUUUGUGAAUAUUUUGGAAAAAUGCACCAAUUUGAGGGUAUUUGAUCUUAGAAUUAUAAGGUCAUACAAUGUGAAUGCCUCAUAUCCAUUAAUUAAAAUUAAUGAUGAAACUCUACAGAUAUUGAGAAAUUGUAAAAAAUUAGAAGUGUUAAGACUUGAUGGAUAUUAUGACAAAUACCUGAAUAUUAACAAACUAGUAGAUGAUAUGGAUGGAAUAUUUCCAAAUUUGAAAACAUUUGAAUGUUUUUUUCCAGUUGCAACUGAUUUAUGUCUUGUUCCGAAACAUGAAUUGGAAUCCAUUGCUCUAAGAAUUCCUCCAAAUAAUGCUAGAUUGCCGAAAUGUGAUACCUUCUAUCUCAAUCAAGCUAGCUUUAUUCCUGAAAUUGAUUGUAAAAAAUUAUUUCUCCUUGACCCUUCAAUGGUAAAUCUUAAUAAGAAUUUGUGUGAACUCUUAUCAAUUAUUCCAGAGUUGAAAGAAUUGUACCUUUAUCAUUCAAAUAUUACUUACAGUCAAGGAGCAUUUAUAUCCUCCAAUUCGUACAAACUCAAUAUUGAAAAAUUGUGGAUACGUAAGGGCUAUUUUGAAGUGGAUAUUUUAAUCCAUCUGAUUCGAAACUGCCCUAAUUUGAAAGAACUCUACCUUGAGAAUGUUAAAAUAACAAAUUCUCUUGCAACCAUUUUUGAUUCUCAAGAAUUGAACGAGUCUAAAUUGAGAGUUUUUCAUUUCAAAAGUUGUUCUCUUAAUUAUCCAUUGCUCAUUGAACAAUUAACAAAGGAUUUCACAUUUCCUUACUUGGAUUCUAUAGUCUUGGAAAAUGCCUACUCGAUUACUAAGGAAAUUCUCAGUUCUCUACUUGAAAGGGUCAAAACACUUUCCACUUUGAACAUAUCUGGAGUAGAAUUUGAUAAUGAGUUGAUUGAAAAAUAUUUGGUAUUGAAAAAGAACAAUAUUGAAAGUGAAUUAUCAUUUAAUGGAAAGGGAAUCACCCUUGAAUAUGUGAAAAAUCUUGAUGUUAUUAAGGGGUUGACAGCUUUCUCAUUACCUGAUUGCAUUCUUGAUAAUGACGAGAUGAUUCAAGUUUUAGAUUUGAUAGGAAGGGAUAAGUUGCUGAAGAUUCAAAUUAAUCUUGGAAAAUCUGGACCUACCAUUGAGCUGUUCAAAAAAUUACAAGAAUUCACUUCAUUACAAAUGAUUUAUCUUGUAGGCAAACCUGAACAAAAAAUUGAAGGACUGGAAGAAUUUAUUCUGGAUGAUUUUCUAAUUUCCAUGCCAAGUAUUCGACUAUUGUACUUGGAAAGUGGUGAGUUUAAAAGAGAGGCGAUUGAGAUUACAAAAGGUGUUAUUCGAUCGCUUGGCAAAUCAGCACCUAAACUUUUAGUGCCUAUGGAGAGAGGUCCAUAUCCUUUCAAGGUGAAAGAAAAACAAGAAACUGGAAGUUGGUGCCAAUUGAUGUAA